CAGCCGCAACCCGCAGGCCGCAGCGCAACUCAUUCCGCGAGUCGCGAGCAGCGCGUUGCAGCUGCGCCAUCGCCGCGCCACCAUAAACUAUACUCGACCAGCAGGUCGAAUUGUGUGCCGCAUUGUGAAAGAUAAACGAAAUCUACACUUGCGUAAAGUGAUAUGUGAAUCAUAACUAAACAAAUCAGUAAUACGUGCGGCAGUUGGACCUAAUGGACAGCAUUAACCUCUUCAUGGUUGUCAUGCAACUCGCAAUACUGCAUUCGCGCAAAUAUUUACACUACACAUCAGCUAUCAAGCUAUCAGAUUAAACAGUGUGCGAUUUGUGCGUGGAUGUGACUGCAUGUCACACCGCCGACGUUUAUCAAUCAGUUUUAAUGAAAAUAUAUUUUCACCGUUUUGUUUCACGCGUUCUUUUACCCGAUGCUCUACAUUACUGCGCCGCCUGCAUAAUUCAGCGUUAAUUGCGCUUCACAUCAGCGCGACGCCCACGCAAAUUAACAAAUAAGGGUAACAACCCCCAGCGGCCCCGGUGUCGUUGACGUUUUCGAUAGUUUCGAGGUUAGGGGCGAUCACGGGGGGGAUUUACCGUGCUGCUCGACGACGUCGCCUCCCAAAAUCGAAGAAUACGCAAGACAAGUACAAGAGUUGCACUGAAUACGUCAGUUUUAAUAAAAAUUUUGUUAACUUUGGAGUUGAUUACCGCACAUGCACCAAGUUUAUCUCAACGAAAUGUGUUGAAAUGUGUGAUACGAUUGUGAGCGAUAUGUUGGAUAAGCCGCACGCGAAGAACGGCAAGGUGACAACCAACGGCGCUGCGAAGAUGCCAGCGGAGAAGCGCAGCGCGACACCGAUCAAGAACGGUGCGAGGAGUCUGUCGUCGAAUAGUUGCAAUUCAUUCGUCUCGGACCCCGGCGCUGGUGAACCCAACUGUAAUGAUUCGCCGGCGAUGGUCGGCAGUUGUAACAGCAGUAAUGGCGGUAUUGAAGAUGGCAACACACUCACAAAGAGCGCAUCGCGAUUGAAUUCAGCGCUUCGGGCCGGCGAACGGGAGAAAGCAAAACGCGUGCGGUUUUAUCACAAUGGCAACAAGUUCUUCACUGGUAUUGUCAUGCCUAUUAGUAAAAAGCGUUACCAAUCACUGGAGAGUCUCACCACUGACCUGACCAAUGUUUUAAUGAAGAAUGUGACACUGCCAAGUGGUGUAAGGUGUAUUUUUACAAUGGAAGGCAAAAAGAUCUCAACAAUUGAAGACCUAGAAGAUGGUAAAGAAUACAUCUGUGCUGGUAAAAACGAAGCAUUCAAGAAGAUCGAAUACAGCAAAACGGACAUGUUAAAAACACGACGCGUUUCGAAUCAGAAGAUAAAUGUCUCACCUAUGCCUAGAAUCAUCGCGCCUGACUUUGUGAGUCCUCGAAUAGUAACGAUCAUCCGCAACGGGAUCAAACCGCGUAAGAUUAUUCGACUUUUGUUGAACAAACGCAACUCGUCUAGUAUUGAACAAGUGCUGCGCGCGUUAACAGACGCCGCGCAGUUGGAUUCGGGAGCUGUGCGUAAGGUUUAUUCAUUAUCCGGGCAAAAUGUGACGGAAUUAAGUCAGUACUUUCAAGCGGAUGAUGUAUUUUUUGUCUAUGGCAACGAACGCUUUAAUAUCGACGAUAUUGAGCUGGAAUUCGAAGAAAGCAAAGCGAUUCAGUCGUAUAAGAAGACACCAGGCCGAAGGAAUGGCAGCGGACCGAAACCAAAACUGCCGAAGAAAGAACUCAAUCGUACGUAUGAAUCCGAAGGUAAUCUGUUGGCAAAGUUGAGCAAAGAUGAUAAUAUUCCACUGCCAAGUAAUCUCAAGCGGUAUCAAAUCGGACGGUUGAUUGGCGAUGGGAAUUUCGCAGUUGUUAGGAUUUGUAAGGAUAAAACCACUUCAGAGGAGUUUGCGUUGAAGAUUAUCGACAAGUCAAAGUGUCGUGGUAAAGAGGAUAUGAUUGACAACGAAGUGCGCAUUCUACGAAAAAUUAACCAUGAAAAUAUUAUGGGUUUCGUGACACAGCAAGACACACCGACGAUGCUUUUCCUUGUCGUGGAGUUGGUUAAAGGUGGCGAUCUUUUCGAUGCGAUCACGGUCGCUCAGAAAUACUCGGAGGAUCAAGCGGCGUUGAUGAUUACACAUCUGACAUCUGCGCUUGCGUAUUUGCACAGCAUGAAUAUCGUGCAUCGAGAUGUGAAACCCGAGAAUCUAUUUGUCGAUUUCGAUGGCGACAGAAUUAAGAUUUUAAAAUUAGGCGAUUUUGGGCUGGCGACCGAAGUGGAGGAGCCGUUGUAUACUGUAUGUGGUACACCGACAUACGUGGCGCCUGAAAUCCUCGCUGAAAGCGGAUAUGGACUCAAAAUUGAUGUGUGGGCUGCCGGUGUUAUACUUUACAUUCUCCUCUGUGGAUAUCCACCGUUUGUGAGUCAAGAUAACGACCAAGAGAAACUUUUCGAUUGUAUACUGUCUGGUCAGUAUGAUUUUCCGGAUGAGUAUUGGGGUGAAGUGUCAGCACAGGCGAAGGGACUCAUUCAGAACAUGCUGCAACUUGCGCCUGAUUUGCGAUUUUCCGCCGAGGAUGUGCUUGAUCAUCAAUGGCUGCAAUUGCAUCAUGACGUCGAGGAAUCGUAAUUGUGCAAACGUGAUUUACACACGAAACAUCAUUACUUUGUGAUUGGGUUUUUUGCUCAUUUAUUUUCGAUGCAAACGAAAUCGACCAGUUAAAUAUAACCUCAAAAAGUACUCGCUGGUACUGAAUGUGCAGUUAAAAGUAAAAUAAUGGGUCCUAAAUAUUUAUUAUUGUAAUUACGUGCACAGAGGAAUAGGAGCAACAAUAUGUAGAAGUAGUCACGUAAUUGGCCUACGUAAUGGUAUACUUAGUAAUAAGUUGAGCAAAAUUUAUACUGUUUUGAUGCAAUUAUUAAGUUGAAAACAUAUCACACAAAAAGAUGCUGUGCAGGAAGCAUUAUGUUUUAUUCAAGUGCGACACCAGUAUUUAUUACACUUUUAAUAAUAAUCAUUAGAGAUGUGAGAGUAACAUUUAAAACCAAAGCUUUUUAUUCAACACAUUGAAAAUUGAUAAAAAAAAAUUGAUUUGUAUUGUUUGCAUUUAUAUUUUACUUUUCAAAGAGUAUUAUUUGUUGAGUACAGCAUCAUAGACUGCAAUAUGCUGCGAUAUGUAAUUAGAUUGAACACAACUAGAAAACCAAUGCUUUAAAUUCAGAGUGCGCGUCAAUGAGACUUCGGAUUCAAUUGAUCAAAUGUUUUGGGUGAUUGUACAACUGUAACAAAUGUGAACACCCGAUUUUAUUAGAAUGCAAUACUGUGAGUCACAUGUUGCAUUAGAUAGAUGAUCUAAUAUCACAAUAAUACAAUAAUUAUCUAAAUAUACGCGUUUGUACAUUUUUAGGGAUUAGUGAUGCGUGCACGUAGAAAUUUAAACAUUUAGGUGCAUCCAAUACUCAAUAAUAACGAAUUGUAGCAUUAAAAGGUGGAAACAGGCGGUCGUGCAAAGUAUAACUAUUGUAAUCCACUUUCGGUUUGUUGCAGGACACUAAUGUAUCAUUGCAGAGAUCAUAUGUACAGAACAUCUUUUAUAUUUGUAGCUUUAUAUUUAUUGAAAUGAGGAUUCAUUAAGAGGUAGAUACUAAAUCGAUAUGAUUUCUUCUUAGGGCGCAGAUUGUAAUAAUAUAUUUUUGACACGAAUGUAUUCACACGUACGCGGAUAAAAAUCGAAGUGUAUUCGUCCUGGCUCUUGCUUUAUUCGAUUGUAUUUUGUUAUACACAUGUAAUCGAUACUGAAGAUGGCGAAGACGGUGAAGUAAAGAAUGCGAAACAAACUUUCAACUGAAUUAAUGUUUAUAGAAAUCUUAUAAUAGAUAAACAAGUGCAUGAUGACAUGAAAUUACUUUAUAAGUAUUUAUUUUGUAUUUGUAAUGAUAAACAUCGUUGUUUUAGA